ACAUACUUGAGGUAUGUUUUUGGUAUCUUAUUUCCUUUAUUUAACUCCAAAAAAGUGUCUCUGAGCUGUAGCUUAAGAGGGUGGAGAAUUACAUACAAACUGAGCAAGCUUUUGUUUUCUGCAAAGCUGUUGUUUGCUCACACUUCAUUUUACAACAAGCCAGUGAGACAUUCAACUUGAGACAUCUGCAUACGAAGACCUCUUUGCUGCGCUCUCAUCUAAGACUACUACUUCCUGUACACAGCCUUGUUUGUCUUGCUGCCUUUGGACUUGCUCUUCCUCUUGCCAUCAGCUUAUUCCCACAGAUGUCUGAGAACAUGGAUAAAAGCUCUUCUAUGAGAAGUCUGUUCUCUGACCACAGCCGAUAUGUGAAAUCCUUCCAGCUUUUCUUGGAUCGUUCAACAGAACACCAGUGCAUGCAGGAAUUCAUUAACAAGGAACUGCCAGACAUUUUGUCAAGAAUUGGAAAUGGGAAUUCUUCAAUUAAUGUACUUGGAAUCGGAAGUGGUUCAGGAGAAGUUGACCUUCAGAUGCUCCGUAAAGUUGAAGAGAAGCACCCAGAAGUCCACAUUAACAAUGACAUUGUAGAACCAAGUGCAGAACAUGUAAUGCUUUACAAAGAACUUGUCAGCAGGACUCCCGACCUUCAGAAAAUGAGCUUCAAAUGGAAUAAGAUGACAUCAUCAGAGUAUGAAAAGCAAAUGAAAGAGGAAAACGAAAAGAAAAAGUGGGACUUUAUUCACAUGAUCCAGGUACUUUAUUAUGUUGAGAGUAUUGAAGAGACUAUAAAAUUUUGUCAUCAGCACCUGGAAAAAAAUGGGAAAAUCGUCAUUAUUCUUGUCUCAGGUAACAGUGGAUGGGCAUCUUUAUGGAAGAAAUAUGGAUCUCGUUUACCCUUAAAUGACAUCUGCAACUAUAUCACAUCACGUGAUGUUAAGGAAGCUGUCGACAGAAUGGGUCUGAAGUGUCAGCACUAUGACCUUCCAUCCAUUAUGGAUAUAACGGAAUGCUUUAUUGAUGGCAAUGAAGAAGGAGAGCUUCUGGUAGAUUUUCUUACAGAAACACUUCACUUCUCUAAAACUGCACCUCCAAGCUUUAAGUCAGAACUCAUGGAGUAUCUGAAACAGCCUGAAUGUAGCACAAGGAGAGAUGACAAAAUUGUUUUUAAUAAUACCUUGGGUGCAAUUGUUGUAGAACCAUUGUUUUAAAUGCAUAGUUUUUACAGUUUCUUAAUAAAAUAAAGUAAGAUUAAAGUACUAAUCUAUAAACUCAUCAAUUAAACUCAUCAAUGAAAUAAAAUAAAAUAAAAAAUAAGCCAAUUACUAAUCUAUGAACCUAUUAUUAUGGUGCAUAACUUUAUAACAAUGCUAUAUCACUUCUUUUCGCAUGCUUCAUAUGAGUAUAUUUACAUACAUGUAUAUCUGGAAGUAGACCUUUCCAUAAGAAGGUGAUGCUUAGUAGAAUAUAUGUACCUGCAGAUGUUGCAGAAAAAAAAUCACUAUUUCUUUUUUUACUACUCUGUGUAAGAUAUGAGGGGGAAACAGCUUGACAGUGGCAAUUAAAAAUAUGUCAAAACUAUUUCUACUUUGAAAACUGCAAAGAAAACCUACAGCAUUUAAAUAAUGUAAUUCAUUUCUUAAUACAAUAUUGUUUUAUCACUGUGUUUUUCUGCUGAUAUAACAAAGUGUUUCCACGCUGCAGCAGUAAUAACUAUUUUUUUUUGUUGGGGGGUGCAGCACAAUAGAGAGUCACCUUAAACUGAAAGUGUUGUUAUUGCAUACUUGCCCCACAUACGAUUUCCUUAUUUAAUAAAGUGAGUGAGCAGUCCUUAAAUGUCAAGCAAAAAAACAAACAUUUUAUUUAAAGAUGUGAAGAAUCACAGAGUCUUUUUCUUUUCCAAAUAGUAGCAUUUAUUAAAUCAUUAUUUUUGACAGAUUCCUUCUGACAGAUUAAAUGCUACUAUUUGGAAAAGAGAAAACUCUGCAUUUCUCUAUAUCUUUAUUUAAAAUGUUUGUUUUUGCUUGAAAUUUAAGGACUGUUCACUCUAUUUCCACUUUAUUUGCAUUCUGGAUGUACUUCAGUAGCACGUUUUUUCUCAGAGAGAGCCCUAAAACAGUCCAUCUAUUGCUGGUGUUUUUCAAUUUUUGCUUAUUUAAUAAAAUGAUUCAUCUGAUUUAUA